UGGAUCAUGUUGCAUGCAGUGCUGUGUUUGUCGCUGGCCGCUGCCGCGUUCGCGCCCAACCCUUCAACGGCCGACGAGUGCGGUUUGAAUAAUGGAGCCAUCAAUUACCGGCAGCCCAGAUCAAAUGGUGGAGGUUCAAAGUCUAGACUGGUCAAUGGCAAGGAGACACAGAAAGGUGCUUGGCCGUGGCAAGUAUCAUUGCAGUUACUUCAUCCAGCAUUUGGUUUUGUUGGUCAUUGGUGCGCUGGUGUACUGAUCAGACCUACUUGGGUAUUGACAGCAGCUCACUGCAUCAGAAAUGAAAAGUUCAGCUUGCCGUUGGCUGCUCUUUGGACAGCUGUGCUUGGUGAUUGGAAUAGAGAUGUAGAAGAGCACACAGAGGAGCGUAUACCCAUUGAUGAAGUGGUCAUUCACGACAGGUUUAACAAUUACCAAAAUGACAUAGCAUUAAUGAAACUGUCUAGGCCAACAAAUGUCACUAAUUCAAAUGUACGGUGUUUGUGUUUGCCACCAUCUACAAAUAAUACGCCAAUUCCAAAGAUAUGUGUCACAACUGGAUGGGGUAAAAUCAAACCAAAUGGGCCAUUGUCGGGUAAAUUGCGACAGAUAAAAGUGCCUGUGCACAACACAUCUGUUUGUAGAGACAAAUACGGACCAGCAGUGACUAUAACUGAUGGCCAUUUGUGUGCUGGCAGAAUGGAUGGAAAAGGCGGUGGACCGUGUGUGGGAGAUUCCGGAGGGCCAUUGCAAUGUUCAGGUCCAAAUGGUCGAUGGUUCUUGGCUGGUCUCACAUCAUUUGGCUCAGGAUGUGCCAGACCAGGAUAUCCAGAUGUGUAUACUAAACUUUCAUUUCAUUUACCAUGGAUACUUAAACAAAUAAAAAUUCACACAGAUCAAACAUAUUAAAACACUAAGCAAAUUAUAAG